CUUUUUUAAGGCCGCGGUCUCUGACACAAACAAAAGAACGGCAAGUAAACAUAUGGGCCGUCCAGGGAGCUGAUGCAACUUGUUCUUUCGUUAUUCAGGACUGGUGCGGCACACAGGCGUCAUGGCACCGCCUGGCAAUCCCAGGCACAAGCGAACUGGCAAGGCUGCCAAGAAUCGGAGCUCUCAGACAGAGAACCACCCGGAUUCUGAGCUGCGGCAUUCUCCCGAUGGACCACCUGUAGAGAGGCCAGUGUCAGCAGCCUGUCCGCUGAAGGCUUCCUCGGAAAAGUGUCCUGAAAGACCCCUUAAGGAGGCCAAUUCCCAGCAAGGAUCUCCAGUUGCAGGGGCCAAGGGCAAGGAAUCUCCCAAGAAUUCAGCAUCUCAGAGGAAGGGCUUGAAUCCUGAGGGCAAGGCAGCCAAGAGAAUCCAGUCUAAAGGAUCUGGACCAGCCACUCCAAGGCGAGCAAAAGGGCAACCUUCUUCCUCGCCAACUACCAAUGCAAAGGUCCCCCAAUCAGGUCCCUCAGCAGUGUCAGUAGUUGUAGACUCAACUGCCUCAACGAAGCACGUAUUGGAGAAAAGUGCUGAGAUAACAGAGCCAAGACUAGCUAAAUUGUCUACCACUUGUCCAUCAAGUAGUGAGAAGAAACAGGUAAAGAUGUCUGACAAAAAGCUGGAUAGUCUUUGCCAGUUGCUGGAAAAUAUAGUCUUACAACAUGGGGGUAAAGAUAUCUCUCCCGGUGGAGCCAAGCCUGUUAGUGUCCCUCAGCAAAAUCAGAAUACAGCUGCUAAGGUGUCUCCUGUCACAAAAUCUGCCUCUGGACCAUCAUCAAAAGUUGAAGGUAAUAAAGAGCAACCUGGUGAGGAGAAGUCAAAAGAAGAAAUAGAAAGGGAGAGGAAAGCCAGGAAGGAGGCAAAGAAAGCAGGAAAAAAGAAAGGAGGUGAUCAGAGCAAAGCCAAGGAAGGUGGUACAGAUGAGAGCACAAAGGAAAACAAAAAGCCACCCCCUCAAAGCCAGAAGGAAGCCAAGGCCCAGAGCAAGCCAGCAGAGGAGAAAGCAGCACCUCCACAGCAGUCUAAGCAGGGGCAGGAGCCACAGCAGAAAGAAGGGGUUGAAGAUGGCAGUGGCAAGUCCAAAGCAGACCUGAAGCGGGAAAGACGUGAGAAGCAGGAAGCCCAGAGGCAGGCAAAAGCACUAGCAAAAGCACAGCAGGAUGCAGAGAAGCAGAAGAAAAGCCAGCCUCAGUCACAAAAGAUUACUCGUGAGGAAUCUAAAAAAGGACCACAAAUCAAAAAGUUUGCUGAGGGAAGGCGCACAAGGGACAAGAAGAGUAUUGAGAAGGACAGCUCACGGAGAAUCCCAUUGCUAGGCCACCUGACUCCUUACACGUCGCAUCCACCCUCACUACCUGUCAACUGUGAUUCCAUCCACCCUGCUAUAAGGACUCUCGGUCAAAAGAUGAAGGACCGUGUUGUGGAUGGGUCAACCGCACGAGUAAUUGCAACAUUAGCUGCUCUGAAGCGAUUCAUCAAUGACUACAGAACACCUGAGUCUUGUGACCUCUCCAGAGAUCUUGCAGAGAAAAUAGUGCCCAAUGUGGCACACCUCCAUGCAUGUCGUCCUCUGGCAAUUGCAAUGGACAAUGCUGUCAGAUUUUUGAAGCACAAGAUAAACAGCAUCGAGCCGAAUGUCCCCGAGGCACAAGCCAAAGACCUGCUACGCACAGCCAUUGAUGAGUAUGUUUGUGACAACAUCAACCUCGCCAGUAGCACUAUAGCCACUCAUGCCGCCCAGUUGCUCAAGGAUGGAGAUGUUAUUCUUACGUUUGGCUAUUCAGCCCUCGUUUGCGACAUGGUUGAAGCAGCACGGAAUGGCAGCAGUUGUGUGAACGUGAGUGUUGUGGUUGCAGACUCACCCUUUCCUCCCACGGGUUCAGAUAUGGUCAAGCAACUGGCUGCUAUGGGUGUUCCGACAUAUUACCGUCUCAUUACAGAUGUCACCCACAUUAUGCACAAGGUAACCAAGGUAGUCGUAGAGGCAGAAUCUGUCAUGAUGAAUGGCGCAGUGCAGGGGAUGUGUGGGACAGCAGGACUGGCUCUUGCUGCUGCCACACAUGACACACCCUUCAUUGUUCUCUGUCACACAUACAAGUUUAGCAAUAAUGAUCUCACUGAUUCUUUGGUAGUGAAUGAAUUAGGGGAUGCGAAUGGCAUUGUGAAUUGCCCAUCCAGGGAAUACUGCGAUCUCCUGACUGAUUGGAAGGACACAGAAAAUCUAAAUGUAGUGCGACUAGUGUACGACGUGACUCCGGCUGGCCUUGUGACGGUGCUGGUCACAGAGCAGAGUGUUCUCCCAACCUCUGCUGUACCAGUUAUCAUCCGACGUAAUUACGCAGAUAUUCUCGGACAGGAUUAGGCAUUUGUAUUGGUGUUAGGAAAAUUAACUGAAAUAGGGUUAUGGAUGAGCUUUUAUUGUAUCACAUUUGUCAAAAGGCUUUUUUCUUUGUCAUUCUACAAUUGCCAUUUUGUCCUGUCAUAUAGUUAAUAUUAAUUUAUUUUGCUUUUCUGGUGAAAAGGUAUGUGAGAGUUAUGAAAGCUCUGUCUUCAUAACUUUUACUGAGAAGCUCAAGUCAAUUUUUUUUCUUGUUGUAAGAGAGGAAUUUCUAAUUCAUUGACAGAUUUUUAGCAAUCAUUAAAGCCAAUACUGAA